CCAAAGAAACAAUUACAGUGUCCUAGAGGCGACUUGCAAGCUUCAAACUUUGUCUAUUUAUAUACUGGUUCAGAUCCCAUGUUUUUAUAAGCCUAUCAAAACAAAACACACCAAUGGCACCCCCCACUUCCAUCACCUUCUUCAAUUUUAUGAUCUCCACUUAUCUAAUUCUCUCUCAGAUUUCUGUGACCUUCAUGAAGGGCCAUGCUUUGGAAAGAAGUCUGGCUGCUGAAAGCAACUACCACACAGUUCAUGUCAGUUCAAUACUACCAUCCUCUGCCUGCAAGCCCUCUGCCAAAGGUCCCAGUAGAAAGUCAUCAUUGAAGGUAGUUCACAGACACGGUCCAUGCCAUCAACUCAAUCAAGAAUCAUCCAACAGAGAAACCCUCACUGAAACACUUUCAGAAGAUGAAACUCGUGUCAAGUCCAUUCAAGCCCGCCACGCUUUUAGAGCCGACACGGACAAAAUUCGUGGUUCAAAAGCUGACCUUCCUGCUAAGAGUGGAAUCGCAAUUGGCACAGGCAACUAUGUUGUCUCAGUUGGUCUUGGCACCCCAGCUAAAUCAUAUACGCUUGCUUUCGAUACUGGAAGCGAUCUUACAUGGACUCAAUGCGAACCAUGCGUGAGAGUUUGCUACAAACAGCAAGAUCCCAUUUAUGAUCCUGUAAAAUCUUCAUCAUAUUCCAACAUUUCUUGCAAUGCUGCCCAAUGUUCUGCACUUUCCUCAACACCUGGAACCCGCACGGGUUGCUCAGCAUCUAACUGUCUCUACGGUAUACAGUAUGGCGAUCAGUCUUUUUCGAUUGGCUUUUUCGCUAAAGAGAGGCUAACAUUGACACCUACAGAUGUUUUUGAUGAAUUUUUCUUUGGUUGUGGGCAGAACAACCAAGGAUUAUUUGGAAAAACUUCUGGCUUGCUCGGCCUUGGCCGUGAUCCGUUAUCCACAGUUUCCCAGACUGCUCGAAAGUAUGGCAAAUACUUCUCUUACUGUCUUCCUACAAAGUCAGGAUCAAAUGGACACUUAACUUUUGGAAAAGGGUCGGUUCCAAAUACCGUGAAAUUCGCUCCUUUCUCGAGUUCAAGGUCUCAAUUGAACUCGUUGUACUUCCUUGACAUUCAAAGCAUAAGCGUUGGAGGACAGCUGUUGUCUAUUAGUGCAUCAGUGUUCCAGACAGCCGGGAAUGUUGUUGAUUCUGGAACAGUUAUAACACGGUUACCUCCAGCGGCUUACUCUGCAUUACGCUCUGCUUUCAGACAGCAAAUGUCACAGUAUAAAACUGCACCUGCUACAUCCACACUGGACACUUGCUACGAUUUUAGCAGCCAAUCCACAAUGAAAAUACCAAAGAUCAGUAUCUUCUUCAGUGGAAACGUAAAGGUUGAUUUAGGUAUUGAAGGGACACUUUUUGCAUUAAGUUUAUCACAGGUCUGUUUGGCUUUUGCUGGCAAUAGUGCUGCCACAGACGUGGGAAUUUAUGGUAACACACAACAGCAAACAUUUGAAGUAGUUUAUGACGUUGCAGGCGGGAAGCUGGGGUUUGCACCUGGUGGAUGCUCUUAAAUUGAACUAGCUAUACAAUUGGACUCUAUUAGCAGCAAAAGUGAUUAUCCUACAAAAGGAAGUAUCAAUUUCUGAAAGUAGUGUCUGUGAUAAGAAAUAACCUAGUUAGGCUGAGAAAAAUCAGUCAGAGGAUAAAUAUACAGCUAUGUCUGAAGUUAAUAUUAUCAGUUCGCAAUUUACUUGACGCUUUCAAGAAUUUA